UAAAUAAGAUGUGUAUUACACGAACAAUUCAUUUUAGCAUAUUAUUUCAAGGAUAACAAAUGUCAUAAUCACCAACAAUUAACCGAGACAUGUACAUCUCUAUAUUCUUCAGACUCAAGAUGUCUGUUAGGAAAGAAUUGUAAACAAAAGAAAAUACAAUGGAAGAAAAUUACAGAACAGUUUUACUGGCUAUGGACGGAAGUGACCACUCGGACCAUGCUUAUCGAUGGUAUCUUAAGUACUUAAGGCAAGCAUCUGAUUAUGUUGUGUUUGUUCACUGUCCCGAAUUGACACAGUCACAGCUUUCAUGUUUCAUUUCCAAAUGUACACAUCAACUCAAGACAAUGAUAUUAGAGCACGAACAAGAAACGAGGUUACUUUUGGCGCGACUACAUGAACAUCUGAAAAGGGAAAAAAUUUCAGGAAAAAUUGUGCGGAAACUAGGAGACCCAAAAGAACAAAUUCUUAAAGUAGCCAACGAAGAAAAUGUAGACUGUAUCGUAACCGGAAAUCGAGGACGAAAUAAAACGCGUUUAGGUGUUAUGGGUAGUGUUAGUUCAUUUUUAGUACAUCAUUCAAAAGUGCCUGUCCUUAUUGUGAAAAAGGACUUGUGUAACAAUUAAUAAUGUAAUUAUUUAUCUCUGAAGACCUAAUUUAUCAAUUAAUACGCAGUUUAUGUUAUAAAUUUCCCCAUUUUGUAUCAUUUAUUAUGUUGUAUUAUCUACAUACAUGUACGUUUAUAUCAGAAACUACAUGAUAGGUUUGUUGUCUCUCUCGCAUGCAACGCCAACAUGGGCACAUGGAUAUGUAAAUCAAAUACCUUAAAAAAAUAUAUGAAAGUACAUGUAUGAAGAUUUUUUUUUCUAGAGACAAGUGGCUUUGAACGCAAGUCGUAGAUUGCGAGACAUAGAUAAUACAAUCCUUAUACAAUUAAGUUAUAAGCCAUGAUAUGUACAUUUGUUACAUUUAGCAUUUGCUUUUAAUUACAAAUAGGUUUUAUUUGAAUAAAUCAAGUUUGAUGGAUACUUCUGGGAAUGGAGGACAAAAGAUAGAUUCGAUAGAAGUAAUAAAAGUGUAACGAUUUCUGAUGAUUAAUUUCGUUUAAGAAAUUUCCCAGGGUAGUUAUAAUAUUUUUGAACAAUCAAGGAUUGUUUUUCAUUAUUCAUUAUAUAUUUUAAAUUACAUUUGAAUAAAACGUUAAAAUGAUUAAUCUGUAUCUUUUUAUAACUGAUUGAAGUUGAAACAAUUGCGAUAUGAUAUUUCUUUUAAUAUGAUAACGAGUCAUUUAAGUAAGACUAGUGGCGCCGGAGUCAGGGGUGGGAUGUAGUUUAGAGAGCAGUACGACCCCACCUCCUUUUUAAUCGCCAAUUCAUCCGAGUCUCAAAAUCUCUUUUAUUUGUAAACACUUACAAAAUAAACUGCUUUUAUAUUAUCUUAUCUCGGAAAAGCGAAACAAGGAAUAUAA